UCCUGCCAAGUGUCGUCAUACUUCACCGUGAGGCAAAAUUAUCCCAUAAAACACCUUCGCAUUUUACAUAUUUAUACUAAAGAGAAAUAAUUUGGAAACGAGAAAGAAUAUAACUUAUCAGAGAGUCUUAAAAAGGUAUAAAAUCAGCCAUAUUAGUUAGUUAGAGCGUCAAAUAAAGAGGUGAGAGGAGACGGUGUUCCUGCAGACGACGCCUCGCUCUCUCUUGGAGGACGGUCGAGGUGUGCGGUGUUGAUGGUGUUGAGGUUGUUGUCGCUGCGCCCUGCUGGCAUGGAAGGAGGGGAGCUGACACGUGGGGAGGUGCUGUCCCUAUUGGUGCGUCUGGCCUUUGCUACGGCUGCCUCGUACUUCACCGUGAAGCUGCUUGUGUCUGCCAUGGACCCGACCGCCAAGCAGAAGAAGGACGCUAAGAGGAAGGCCCAGGAAGUGAUGCAACGGCUGGGCAUCAAGGAGAAAGUCACACUCAGCGAGUACGAGAUGAUGAUUGCCAGCCAGUUAGUGGAACCAUCACAGCUCACCACCUCAUGGAAGGAUGUGGCCGGCCUCACCACCGUCAUCCGUGAGCUGCGGGAGACUCUCAUCUUGCCUAUACAGCAGCGAAACCGUCUCCAGGCAUCCAAGCUUAUCCAGCCUCCCAAAGGGGUGUUGCUGCAUGGACCUCCAGGGUGUGGUAAGACCCUCUUGGCUCGGGCCGUCGCCAAGGAGGCAGGAUCUCGUUUCAUCAACCUCGACGUGGCCGCCCUGACAGACAAGUGGUACGGAGAAUCCCAGAAGCUUUCCUCCGCGGUCUUCUCCCUGGCCUCCAAGAUACAACCCUGCAUCAUCUUCAUUGACGAAAUCGAUUCGUUCCUACGUGUUCGUGCCACCGGGGACCACGAGGCAACGGCCAUGAUGAAGGCACAGUUCUUGCAGCAAUGGGAUGGACUGGCCACCGACCACAGCCGCUGCGUGGUGGUGAUGGGAGCCACCAACAGACCCCAAGAUGUGGACCGUGCCAUCCUGCGACGCAUGCCGGCGGCUUUUCAGAUCCCGUUGCCGGGAAUGGAACAAAGAGAGGAUAUCUUACACUUGGUCCUACGCGACGAGUCGGUGGCGGACGACACAAACAUCGCCUCCCUCGCGCGACAGACCGAGAGCUUCUCCGGCUCAGACCUGUUAGAACUGUGUCGGACGGCAUCUGUGUAUCGUCUUCGUCACCUCUUGGAUGAGACGAAUGGCUUGGGGGAUGACACACUAGGACAGUUAGGAACCUGGGACGUUGAGUCGACGGAGCCCCUACGAUCUAUCACGACAGCGGACUUCAAACAGGCGCUGACCAAGAUGCGAGAGUCCCGGGUGUACAACAGACAAGCGGAGGCGUUACUCAAGAUGGACCUAGACUGAGUUUAGUGCAUUUAGAGACUGUCGGUGAUACCUAGAUAAGACUUCCUUCAAAUACAUUACUGUACUCAUGUCAUAGCCUGGGAAAAAAAGUGGCAGAUAUUGAGGAUUUAACUCAUUUGCUCCUAAACAUCCAUUUGUCGCAGGAGUUUGAUCGCCGAAUGAUAAGCUUUGGAUUUGUUUUAAUGUAUAAUCCUUCCAGUCUGUAGUAUAUUUUUUAUGUUAUUUGAAUAUUAAAGGUAAUUAUUGUGUACUAGAAAUCACUCAAGCUCUGUAUAUACUUAAUUCACUGUGGAAACUUUGCACCCGGGAGGCUCUCUCUUCCCUCUUUGUAGAGAUACGUAUAACAAACAGUUAACCAAU